AUGCGCCGGCCCUCCCCCACGACCAGACUCCACCAGAUCCCCAAUCCCCUCCCGAUCCACCAGCUAGAUCGACCCCGCCGCCGCCAAAACCUAGCUCGCCGGCCGGCGCACGGCCGCCUUCCGCGCUCAGGCCACCUCCAGCGUAGCUCCCGCCCCUCGCCCCCACUUCUGCUCCUCCACCCCUCACCACCGCAGCUCCUCCACCCCUCACCACCGCAAGCCGCCGCCGCCCCCAACCGUCAACCGCCGCCGCCGCUCCCAACCAACAAACCACCGCUGCCGCAGCUCCUCUACCCCUCACCACCGCAAGCCGCUGCGCCCCCAACCAUCCACCGCGGCCGCCGCUCGCAACCAUCCACCGCCGCCGCCCCCAACCGACCAACCACCGCCGCCGCUGCCACCAACCAUCCAUCGCCCUCCACUGGACCACAAGCCGCUGCCAACCACUGUCGUCGUCGCCGCACUCCAGAGCUGCAACCCCGACUCACGCGUUUCCUCCCCGAGCAGGCUUCAUCACCGAGCACCAAGUCACGGCUCCGCCUCCUCCACAUGCCCCUGAAGCAACAGACUGCCGUUGGCCUCCUCUCCAGCGAGCAGGCACCUACUCCACAAGCCCCUGAAGCAGCAGACCUCACGUUGGCCCUCCUCUCCAGCGAGCAGCUCUGCCUGCUGAACAUCGAUUGCCUCUUGUACUUCAUUUGACUGAUUUCCCAAAGGUACACAAGUCGAUGAAGGUUUGGAAGAUUCUCAAGCUCCUGAAGAUUUGGAAGACUACAAUAGUGGCUGUAGUGACUAUGUAAUAUGCUUGUUUAAUUUGUGAAACCUGGACACUUGCUUCGCUCAUUUUGCUGGUUGUUAAGCCACUCUGCUCAUUUUGGUUGUGUCACACAUUUUAAAACA